AGCAACCCGCAGCUUUGCACGCCGCACAGUCGUCUCAAAAUUGUGCAUCCCUGCGAUCUGCCAUUUCCAACGAAGUGCGUAGUGCGGACGUUUUUGCGUGGACGAUUUGGUUGGGUCCAAUUUUAGUUGGACUACGUGACGGAGAUAUCAGCUUGUCGCCGCGCGAAACAGGCUGAACAUCUUGCAGCAUACCCUUGUUGAAAUCCUCGUAUACUGGGAAUCAUGUCGUUUCGCUUGCUCCACGCGUUGAGGCCGUUCAUCUCACUGAUGCCCGAGGUCGCUGCACCAGACCGCAAGGUGCAGUUCCGGGAAAAGGUCAUGUGGACCGCUAUCACGCUUUUCAUCUUCCUGGUGUGCUCCCAAAUUCCUCUUUUCGGGAUCAUGUCCUCUGACACGUCCGACCCAAUGUACUGGCUCCGUGUGAUUAUGGCUUCGAACCGAGGAACGCUUAUGGAGAUGGGUAUCACACCGAUUGUGACUUCCGGCAUGAUAAUGCAGUUGUUGGCUGGUGCGAACAUCAUUGAGGUCGAUUACUCAUUGAAAGAAGAUCGGGCCCUUUUCUCCGGAGCGCAGAAACUGUUUGCCAUGGUGAUCGCCGUUGGACAGGCUACCGUGUCUGUCUGGUCAGGCGUUUACGGCGACCCUAAGGACAUCGGAGCAGGCAUCUCCAUUUUGUUGAUCCUCCAACUUUGCAUCGCGGCCUUGAUCACUAUGUUGUUGGACGAAUUGCUGCAGAAAGGCUACGGGCUUGGAUCUGGUAUCUCUCUCUUCAUCGCCACCAACAUCUGCGAGACCAUUGUCUGGAAGGCUUUCAGCCCAACUACUUACAACACUGGACGAGGAACUGAGUUCGAGGGCGCUGUGGUUGCGCUUUUUCAUCUCUUGUUCACACGCCACGACAAGUUCCGCGCGUUGAAAGAGGCCAUGUACAGGCAGAAUCUCCCCAACUUGAUGAAUCUGGCUGCGACUCUCUUGGUCUUUGCAGUAGUCAUUUACUUGCAAGGAUUCCGUGUUGAGAUCCCGGUGAAGUCAAACCGAUUCCGUGGUCAACAGGGUAACUACCCCAUCAAGCUCUUCUACACGUCCAACAUGCCCAUCAUGUUGCAGUCCGCUCUGGUUUCGAACAUCUACUUUAUCUCUCAAUUAUUGUACAAACGCUGGCCGGAAAACCUCCUUGUCCGCCUUCUCGGCGUUUGGAAGAGUCCUGAGGGCGUCCCUCAAGAAUACGCUGCCAGUGGUUUUGCCUACUACAUCUCUCCGCCGCAGAAUCUUGGAAAGGCCUUGAGUGAUCCGGUGCACUUUGUGAUCUAUGUGACCUUUAUGCUCUCCGCAUGCGCCCUGUUCUCGAAAACAUGGAUUGAGGUUUCCGGUUCCUCCCCUAGAGAUGUUGCAAGACAGUUGAAGGAGCAGCAGCUAGUAAUGCGCGGUCACCGUGACCAAUCCAUGUACAAGGAGCUGAAGCGUAUCAUUCCAACUGCUGCUGCUUUCGGUGGUCUUUGUAUUGGCGCGCUGUCUGUAUCGGCAGACCUUUUGGGAGCGAUCGGUUCAGGUACAGGUAUUCUGCUGGCUGUGACGAUCAUUUACCAGUAUUUCGAGAUCUUUGUUAAGGAGCAACAUGAGCAAGGCAUGGAGCUUUUCUAAGAGGUUAUGUAGUUAGAGUCUGGUGGGUGUUGGGAUGGCCCGAGGGAGCUUCGGGAACAUGUGAUCCUUAUUGCAAAUGGACUUUGCAAUACAUUCAGACUUGAGAUCCUCUUAUGAAGCCCAUGAAUCCUUUGAUAGCUAACCUCAUACCGUAGACUGUGGGGAAAGGUGCAAUUGCUGUACAGGUGGCCAGAAUUGGAAUAUGCUACUCCAAUAUACGAAUGGGGGAUGAUUUCCACUGAAACAGGAAAUAAGUAGCUUCCAUUCGAAAUGGAAACAAAAGACAUAAUCGUCGAAUCAUUCCUCCCUUAAAAUAUUAUUGACGAAAUGCGGA